UUCAAAAUGGCGGCGUCCAUGUAAGCAGCUUUAAGUCGUGAAAGAUCAAUGCUUCUGAAGAAAAGUAUUUUAGGAUUGCUGAUUAGUUGAUCUGAGUUGGAAAAGAUGGGAAGUGUACAGUGGAAGAGGUCACAUAUUGUGGCAGUGGCAGCUUCUGUCCUGUUAUUGGUGUUUAUCCUCUACACUGGUUCUGGUUACUCUGUCCAUCCCCAAAACAUCAGCAAGACCAUGAGACAGCUGAACACUUUCUACACCCAGUGGCCAAGACUAGAAAUACCAAGCAAACCUUCCGAUGUACAUACAAACUUUAUGGAAGAUUGCCUUCAGAAAUCAUCACUGAACAUGAGAUUGGACAACAUUCAACAAAUUAAAAAACAAUGGUCACAGGCAACUAGUUCUCAUUGCAGAGGUUUGUAUACAGCCUUCACAUCGAUCUUUACCAUCACAGACUUCCCUGCUCAGGUGGUCAUACCUAAAACAUACGAGUCAAAGGUUCGUAAGUGGCUUGGAAACAAUGAUGACCUCUUCCAAAAUGCCAAACUGCAGACUGUACUCUAUGUUUAUAAUGAAUAUACGAAAGAGGAAAAUGUCUUCAAUCCACUGAGAGAAAAGAGACCAAUCGCUAAACCAGACCAACCAGAGAGACAGUAUGUUGAAGAACUGUACAAGGAGACUCAGCCUACUUGUGAUUUCUGCAAAUACAAAGAAAAUACUGCAGAGGAUGUGUUUGGACGUAUAGAGUCAAAGUUAUCUUUCUCUGCAGCCAACACAUUCAAGCUUGGGGCCUGGCACACACUUAUUCUGCCUAAAAAACAUCACCCCCUGAAUUGGACCAAAACUGAGUACCUGGAUCUCACGGAUACCUGUCUAAAAUGGAUAGACAAGGCUCACAGCCAGAACAAAGCCUUUGUGUAUCCCAUGCUGAUCAUGGACCUACUACCCCAUGCAGGAGCUAGUCAGAUACAUCCUCACAUCCAUGCUUUCCUUGACCGGGACCGUUACCAAGGAGCAAUAGAGAACUGGCGUAUAGGUGCCCAGCGGUACAGCGAAGACUUCCCUGGCCACAACUACUUCACAGACCUAAUAGCCAUUCACUCAGCCCUGGGGCUAGGGGUGACCUAUGGAAAAGCUGCUGCUUUUGCAAGUCUUCUUCCAAAGAGGGACAACGAAGUAGUGAUUAUCAGUGAAGAACCAUGUGAAGAUUAUUUUAAGCUUGUUUACUUUGUCUACAGAGCCUUUCUUGAUGACAUGGAGAAGCUGUGCUAUAGUUCAGGAUACGCAAUCCCAAGUCUGGACAAGUUAAGUCUUGGUCGUAUACCUGCCUACACACGAGUAGUCACUCGUGGGGCUGUAGCAACCGUUCGCUCUGAGACCAGCUCCUUGGAACUCUUCACUUCACAAAAUGCCAAUACAGAUCCAUACAGGGUGAUUGAUUACGUGAAGAAAUCCAUUGCCAAGCGAUCUUGACCUUGGUGUAAGACAAUUCAUUGUCAAGGAACUGAGAUUCUUUUCAUCCUCUUUGUCCAAAAUGUCUUAUGCAUGAUUGAAAGGGUAACUAACAAAAUUUGGAAGACUCAAGAUUUCUUUCAUUCAAGUGAGGAGAAUGUUUGUAGAAUUUUGAGAAGGUUGAUAUGAGUAGUGAGUGAGUAGAAUUCUGAGUAGGUUAAUAUGAGUAGUGAGUGAGUAGAAUUCUGAGUAGGUUAAUAUGAGUAGUGAGCGAGUAGAAUUCUGAGUAGGUUAAUAAGAGUAGAGAGUGAGUAGAAUUCUGAGAAGGUUAAUAUGAGUAGUGAGUGAUCCUGAUGUGUGUGACAGUUUUUACCACAAAGGUAAAUAGUAUGUUGCCAAAACCUUUGGUGCAUUUAAUUUAUACUUUAUUUUUAUAGCUCACUUGGUCAGAAGGACCAAGGUGAGCUUAAUAUAAGCCAUACCAUGGCGUCUGUCGUUCGUACAUCAACAAUUAAACACAACUGACUUCUUGAUAACUACUGAUAGGAAUUUGACCUAAUUGACCAAAAGUAUCUGUAAGUGAUAGGAAUUUAAAGGGCUACAAAUGGUUGGAUUGACCUCUCAGGGGCUGAGGGGCGGUGUCAAAAGGCAGCAAUUUGGCUUUAUUGCUAUAAACAACUUCUUUUCUUGAACCACUCAAUGGAUAUUGCUCAUAUUUGACUGGUAGCAUCCAAAAGGACGCGUUUUUGCUAUAAAUUGCUAAAAGUGACGAUUAAAAUCAUGACCCCAUAACCAUAUAUAGCAUUGCUGGACAUCAACAGAUAAACACAAUCCUGUUGAGAAAAUUGGUCAAGGGGUCUUUCAUUACUCUUAGGGACAUAGUUUCUUGGUUAUAUUUUGAAAAAGUUUAGAUCCCCAGCCUAUAGGCAUACAUGCCAUUGUUGGGCAUCAAGAGAUAAACACAAUCAUGUUGUAUGUUCUUUCUCCAUUCCUAGGGACUUAAUGGGUAUUUAUGUUUGAGACAUAUUGUACUGCUGGGUAUCAAGAGAUAAUCACAAUUCUGAUAUAAAAAAAAACAACAAAAAACAACCAAAGGGUCUUUCCCCACCCUAAGAGACUUAUAGUUUCUUCAAACACAAUCAUGUUGUAAAAACAACCCAUGGGGUUGUUUCACAACCUAGGGAGUCUGAACUUCAUUUCUGCAUUAUAUUAUUGAACCAGGUGAGAUCUCUACUCCAUUGUUCCAAUUCAACAAGUAAAGCUAUUAACGAAUUGAACGAACCAACCAGAUGAGCGAAACAGGCCCAGAGGGCCUCUUGUUAUUGAUAAUACUGCUGUGUUUAUCAAAAUGUAUGGUGUAUUUGCUGAAUAUUAUAGAAUGCUUAUAUCUGUCUCAUGAUCAUGUGUUAAAAUUGAUAUACAGUGUAUGUAAAGUCUACAACGAAUGCCUGUCUAGUUUAUAUAAUUUUCAUCUAGGCUAAACUUGGUUUAUCCUACAAUUUUAGAAUGAUCUCUUUGAAAUUUGGUAUACAACAUAAUCAAGAUAUGAAGUUAUAUUUCCGUUUAAGAAUUUUGAUUUGACUAUUUUUGUAAGUUAUUCCCCUUUUGUUUAUUUCAGUACUUGAUGUUUUGUCCGGAGAUCUCUUACAUUUUUUGACAGCUUUCUUUGAAAUUUGGUAGGCUUUAUUAUCAUGAUGUGAAGUUUUGAUUAGACUAUUUUUGCAAAAGUUAUUGCCCUUCCAUCAUUGUAUUAUUUGAUUUUUUUCCGCAGAUCUCCUACAUUUUUUUGACCAAUUUCUUUGAAACUUGGAAUUCAUUAUAAUCAUGAUAUAUUAAGAUAUGUUUCCCUGAAAAAAAUGUGAUUUGACUGUUCUUUGCAGAAGUUAUUGCCCUUUCCUUAUUUCUAGUACUUGAAUCUUGUUCGGUAUAUCCUUUUUCUUUAAUUUUGUGUCUAUUUCUUUGAAACUUGUUUUUCUCAAGCUCUUAGAAAAGUGAACAUUGACUUUGUAGUGAAAGGAGGUUAGAUUCAUCAUAGCAUGCCAACUAGCCACUCUUAAGGUGAGUCUAACCUUAUUCUAAUGCAAGAUAGUAGACAAACAUGAGCUAGGCAUGCCGAAUAGUCAUGAAAUGUUCAAGCAUAAACAUUUUGAUAUUUGCUUUCGUUCGGUUAAUGUAAAGUGAGGCUUUAUGUAUUUGGGGUCUGUGUUCAGUAAACAUUUUUAUGGCCAAGUUUGGUAGUUUAUGUUUCUUGAAAUUGUACAUGCCACAUCUCAUGUUCUUGUGAAAAUAGCAUACAGAUGGUCUGUGUUUGCUUGUUGUAACAAUCAAGAGAUAUCACACAGUGAUGGAAAACAUAAUUUGUAGAUUUCACAUGUAUAUAUGUUAACAAGUGUAUAUUUGAAUACUGUAUUUAUUAUUAUGUUAAACUGUUCCGGUAAAAGACUUCAUCUUUAUCUGAAGAUAUUUGAUAUUGUGAUAUUUUUUAAAUGCCUGUGUUGUAUUGGAUGCAAAUAUUUUUGUUUAUUAUUUAUAUUCAUUAUUAAAGAUUAUACUGACCAUGGUACUUUCACUGUUUAGCUAGGGUUAGUAUCCUUGUGGUCGAACUAGGGUGAGCUUCAGAUGUGGUUCGACUUUCUCUGUGUAGCUAGGGUUAGUAUCCGUGGUUAUCGGACUUUCACUGUCUAACUAGGGUUAGUAUCCUUGGUUUUCGGACUUUCACUGUCUAACUAGGGUUAGUAUCCUUGGUUAUCGGACUUUGACUGUGUAGCUAGGGUUAGUAUCCUUGUGGUCGAACUAGGGUGAGCUUCAGAUGUGGUGUGACUUUCACUGUCUAACUAGGGUUAGUAUCCAUGGUGGUCUGACUUCCACUGUUUAGAUAGAGUUAGUAUCCGUGGUUGUCGGAUUUUCACUGUGUAGAUAGGGUUAGUAUCCAAUGUCUGGCUUUCACUGUGUAGUGGGGAUUAGUGACCAUUGUGCUUUGACUUUUUGUGUAUUUUUUAACCUAUUGUUGCUUAGUAACAUACUAACUUUUGAUAAUACAUUUUGGCCAAAUGGAUAUAUUGCUGCAGUGAUCCAUUUCUCUGUAUUUUCUAUGUGAAUUAUAUAGCAAUGUUUAGAAGUGAUCUUCAUACAAUUGUACAUUGUACCGUACACUUGAGUGUGCAUGUACUAAUUACAAGAGUUAUUUUUGUAUUAACACUAGCAUACAUGAAUGUAAAGGUUUAUGUACAAAACAAAUACGUACUUCAAUAUGUGGUACAUUGAGAGGUCUUUAAAUACUUCAAUAUCUACUGUAUAUAAUGCUUCUAAAUACCAUAAAGCAAUACUUUAAUAUCUAAUAAUACUUCUAAAAUGUCAUAAAGCAAUCAAGAAUUAUUUCAAACCUGAAUAGAAUUUCAUGGACAAAGUGAGUAAAAGAGAACGUCGGGAUCAGGGCUCAAAGUGGCGCCUAUUUUAGUGGCCACGGCGCCUUAAAUUCACCAUUGGUGACCAGUUAUUGACCUAUAAGGUGCCUACAUGGCCACUCAAAAAAAAUGUAAAGGAGGUGGUGCAUAGGAGGACUGAAUCGGCCCACGGCGAUUUUUUUCCCGGAAACAUAUUUUUGUCAAAAGCAUAAUAUCCCCGAUUAUGUGGGAGGAAUUAAUUUCCAUUCCUCAAUGUAUGUAUUCUUUUUUUGGUGA